GUCGCGGCCUGAUGACGUCGCACAAUGGCCGGCCCCCGAGGGUAGUGGAGCCCGUUUGUUCCGCCCGCGUCGCGCCUCCAGUCGGAGCCUGUGAGGAGCGGAAGGACCGAGGGACGUCUUCCCCGCACCGCCCCAACCCCCGCGGAGCCGUGGCCCCCCUCCCCGUCCUCGCGCUGAGAAGUGUGGGUACCGAUGGAUGUGGCCGAGAGCCCUGAACGGGACCCUCGCUCUCCGGAGGACGAAGAAGAGGAGCAGCAGGGGCUCUCGGACGAUGACAUUUUGAGGGAAAGUGGGUCUGACCAGGACUUGGACGGAGCUGGGGGGAAGGCUUCUGAUUUGGAGGAUGAGGACCCCGGUGCCCCGGGACUGAGCCAGGAGGAAGAAGAGAGUCGCUCCGACGAGGAGGACCAGGACUCUGAGGCUCAAGAGCUGAGCGGGGGCCCGGCCAGCCCCCCGCGUGUGGAGGAGGGGGAUGGCGGGGAGGAAGACUGCACCAGCGACCUAAGGGACGAGGCCUCGUCGGUCACCAGGGAGCUGGACGAGCAUGAGCUGGACUACGAUGAGGAGGUCCCCGAGGAGCCGGCCCCCGCCCUGCAGGAGGACGACGGCGAGAAGGCCGGGCCCGAGGAUGAUGACGAGAGGGGGGACGGGGCCCCCGGGGAGGAGGGGAAGGCAGGUGCCCCUGGUGUGGAGGACAGGGAGCCCCUGGAGGCUGCCAAGGAGAGGAAGAAAGAGGAUGACGACGGGGAGAUCGAUGACGGGGAGAUCGACGAUGAUGACCUGGAAGAGGGUGAAGUGAAGGACCCCAGUGACAGGAAGGUGAGGCCUCGUCCCACCUGCCGAUUCUUCAUGAAAGACGUUGUGACACCAUUGUCCACUGCUCCACCAAUACCAAAUUCCAUACCAUUCAGAGGCCAGGUUAAAGGGAACUGCACCUGGGGGAUGAACUGCAGGUUUAUCCACCCCGGAGUCAACGACAAGGGCAACUACUCUCUCAUCACCAAGGCGGAGCCCUUCCCGCCCAACGGCGCCCCGCCCCUCGGACCGCACCCUCUGAUGCCUGCCAGCCCUUGGGGCGGGCCGGGAGUCGAUGAAGUUUUGCCUCCACCCCCUCCAGAGCCCCCCACCGAGAGCGCCUGGGAGCGAGGACUCCGGCACGCAAAGGAGGUUUUAAAAAAAGCAACCAUUCGAAAAGAACAGGAACCUGAUUUUGAAGAGAAAAGGUUUACAGUGACCAUUGGCGAAGAUGAACGGGAGUUUGACAAAGAAAAUGAAGUUUUCCGAGACUGGAAUUACCGCAUCACGAGAGAUGUCAGAGAUACAGCGCUGGAGCCGUACGCAGACCCCUACUACGACUACGAGGUAGAGCGGCUCUGGCGCAGCGGCCAGUACGAGAACUUCCGGGUGCAGUACUCGGACGCCGAGCCGCACCACAGCUACCGGGAAAGGGAACGGGAGCGCGAGCGAGAGAACCGGCAGCGCGAGCGGGAGCGCGAGCGGGAGCGAGACCGGGAGCGGGAGCGGCGGCAGCGUGAGCGUGAGCGCGAGCGCGAGCGCGAGCGGGACAAGGAGCGGCAGCGGAGGAAGGAGGAGUGGGAGCGGGAGCGCGCCAAGCGGGACGAGAAGGACCGACAGCACCGCGACCGCGACCGGGAGAAGGAGCGCGAGAAGGAGAAGGAGAAGCCCAAGGCCCGCUCCCCGCAGCCGCCCAGCCGUCAAGCUGAGCUGCCAAAGAAGGAGGCGGCCUCCACGGGGCCCCAGGUGAAGAGAGCUGACGAGUGGAAGGACCCCUGGCGCCGGUCCAAGUCCCCCAAGAAGAAACUCGGAGUGUCGGUCUCCCCUAGCCGGGCACGACGGCGCCGGAAAACGUCAGCCUCGUCGGCCUCUGCCUCCAAUUCCUCCAGGUCGUCCUCGCGGUCCUCAUCCUACUCUGGCUCUGGCUCGUCCCGGUCCCGGUCCCGGUCCUCGUCCUACAGCUCCUACUCCAGCCGCUCUUCCAGACACAGCUCGUUCUCAGGCAGCCGGUCCAGGUCCCGGUCUUUCUCCUCAUCCCCAUCCCCGUCCCCGACGCCCUCCCCGCACAGACCUGUGAGAGCCAAGGGGGAGCCAGCUCCGCCUCCCGCCAAGGCAGGGGAGAAAUCGGUGAAGAAGCCAGCCCCAGCUCCAGCCCCACCACAGGCCCCCAAAACCACUGCUGCUCCUGUCCCUGAGCCCGCCAAGCCCGGAGACCCUCGGGAAGCCAGGAGGAGGGAGCGGCAGGCCAGGACCCCCCCCAGGAGGCGGACUGUCAGCGGCAGCGGCAGCGGCAGCAGCUACAGCGGCUCCAGUUCCAGAUCCAGGUCCCUGAGCGUGAGCAGCGUCUCCUCGGUGUCCAGUGCCACGUCGAGCAGCAGCUCAGCGCACAGCGUGGACUCGGAUGACAUGUACGCGGACCUGGCCAGCCCCGUGUCCUCAGCCAGCUCGCGGUCCCCAACCCCAGCCCAGACGAAGAAGGAGAAAGGAAAAUCUAAAAAGGAAGAUGGUGUGAAAGCAGAUAAGCGGAAACGGGAUCCGUCCACACAGCCGCCCAAACCCUCGAGGCCCAGCGCAGGCAGCAGACCCUCCCAGCAGCCCACGGCCCCCCAGCAGGCACCUCCCGGGCAGCCCCAGCAGGGCACAUUCAUUGCCCACAAAGAGAUCAAGCUGACCCUGCUCAACAAGGCUGCUGACAAAGCAAGCAGGAAGCGCUACGAGCCCUCAGACAAGGACCGGCAGAGCCCCCCUCCCGCCAAGCGGGCUAACCUGUCCCCGGACCGAGGUUCUCGGGACCGGAAGUCAGGUGGGAGGCUUAGCUCCCCAAAGCCAGAGCGGCAGAGGGGCCAGAAUUCCAAGGCACCCGUGGCCCCGCCAGACAGGAAGCGCCCAUUGUCACCCCAGUCCAAGAGCUCUGGCAAGGUCACCAGUGUGCCUGGCAAAGCCUCGGACUCCAGCGCUGCCUCCGCCUCCGCCGGCACCAAGUCAGGGAAGGCCAGCACGCUGUCCCGGCGGGAGGAGCUGCUCAAGCAGCUGAAGGCCGUGGAGGACGCCAUCGCCCGCAAGCGGGCCAAGAUCCCCGGGAAGGUGUAGGCCCGUGCUCUGCUCCUGGGGCACAGACGCUCCUGUUUUUAUAAAUAGGGUAAGCACAGCCAUUUUGGAUUUUGCAGUUUAUGUCUUAUUUUGGCUGUGAUUCUUUUUAAAAAUUGAAAAAGAAAAAAAAAAGUUCCUCAGCUGGAAGAGAAGCCACACACACGGAAUGAAGAGGACGCUGAGCCCCAGACUGAACCAGCCCCUCCCAGAGUGGAGUCCUGCCAGACUGGCGCCGACUUUACGUAAUUUACGAGUCCAGGGCGCCCACGUGAGCCCCACCCUCUUUUCCUCCCUCUGCUCGUCAGGGUGCCCACUGCCAUGUGGGGCCCCGACGCACCACCCCCACCGUCACCAGGAACACCAGUGCUGCUGAGCGUCCUGCCUGUCCCUGCCACCCCAGGAUCAAAAAAUAUAUAUAUUCUUGACUGAAGUCUGAUUGGGAAAUACUUCCUGUCUUUUAUUUUAAGCAUCAAAUUGUUUUAGUUGAUUUAAAAAGGAAAAAAAAUACAGAAAAGGAAAAAAAAAGGCCAAGAGUAUUGUUGGGCGUCUCAGAUGUGGAGGGUCUUUUUUUGAGGGGUCUCCUAAAAUAAAAUAUUUUGAUAAGCA